GAAGAGAAAAGGCCGCCAAUCCGCUUUCGAGUUUAUCGGGUGAUCCGGCAGAUACGCCUAGUUUUAAUCCAUCAGCAUGCUGCGUUGUUUUGCGCACUCGGAGGCGAAAAUCGCGAGACUGCCACGCCCACUAUCGCGGUGCUACCACAGCGAAAAGGGCGUGUGGGGCUUCAAGCCGAUUGCCCAGCGGGAAUUUAAAGUGGCCGAGGAUGUGCGGGCUUCGAGGAAUUCGCAGCCCAAUGUCUAUCGCUUCGUGGAGGCCUUUCGCCAGCACGGGCACAAAUUGGCAGCCGUAAAUCCCAUCAGCAUCAGGACGAGCACGCAGGAGCUGCAGGAAUUAAGUCCCGCAUUUUAUGGACUGCAGACGCAGGAGACGGUGCGCACCGCUGGCCUCUUAAGUGGUCCGCAGGUGGCCCACGACGUCGCCCAGCUGGAGCAGCUGCUCAAGGACAUUUACUGCGGCCGCUCAGCCAGCGCCGAGUUCUCCUAUGUCGAGGACAUCGAGGAGCGCGAGUGGCUGGCCAGGAACUUUGAGACGCUGGACCAGCAGCAACUGGAAAACAGCGAGCGCUGCGAAAUCGCCGAGCUGUUAAUUAAGUCGCAGGCCUGGGACAAUUUCAUGGCACUCAAGUUUCCCACAGUCAAGCGAUACGGCGGCGAAGGAGCCGAGUCCAUGCUGGCCUUCUUCUGGCAGCUGCUCCGUGACAGCGUUCAAGCCAACAUCGAGCACGUGGUCCUGGCGAUGCCCCACCGCGGAAGGACUCCGCUGCAGGCAGCGCUCCUCAACAUGCGGCCGGCGAAAGUUUUCCGCAAGCUCAGCGGCGCAUCCGAGUUUCCCGAAGACAUCGAGGCCAUGUCCGACGUCAUAAGUCAUUUCCAUGUUUCCGAGCAGCUGGAAGUCCUGGGCAGGCCCCUGAAGUUCAGCAUGGUGCGCAAUCCCUCGCAUCUGGAGGCUGCCAAUCCUGUGGCCAUGGGAAAGGCGCGCUCUAAGCAGCAGACAAGAGAAGAGGGGGCCUUCGGCUCCAGUGGCCAGCCCUUCGGCCAACACGUGCUCAAUGUAAUCCUGCAUGGGGACGCCGCCUUCGCUGGCCAGGGAAUCAACCAGGAGUGCCUGAACAUGGCCUACGUUCCCCACUUCGAGGUGGGCGGCAGUCUGCACCUGAUUGUCAACAACCAGGUGGGGUUCACCACGCCAGGAGAACGCGGCCGGUCGACGGCCUACACCUCCGACCUGGCCAAGUCCAUCCAGGCUCCCGUGUUCCAUGUCAACGGCGACGACCCAGAAGCCCUGGCCAGGAUCACCAACCUGGCCUUCCGGUACCAGCGGGAGUUCCGCAAGGACAUCUUCAUCGAUCUCAACUGCUUCCGGAGGUGGGGCCACAACGAGCUGGACGACCCCACCUUCACCAACCCCCUGGUCUACAAGAUUGUCCACCAGCGGCAGUCGGUUCCCGAUUUGUAUGCCCAGCAGUUGGCCCAGGAGCAGGUUCUCCCCGAGUCGCGGGCCCAGGAAAUGAGGGAUGGUUACAUGAAGUACCUGGGUGAGGAGCUGGCUCUGGCCCCCAGUUACCAGCCACCUCCCUCGUACUUCGAACAGCAGUGGAAGGACCUCCAGUUGGCGCCCUCCAAGGAACUCACCUACUGGGACACUGGCCUCGACUACUCCCUGCUGCACUACAUUGGCCAGCAGAGCGUCACGUUCCCGGAGGACUUUAACAUCCAUCCUCAUCUGCUGAAAACGCACGUGAAUGCCCGCCUGAAGAAGCUGGAAAACGGAGUGAAGAUCGACUGGUCCACCGCGGAGGCGCUGGCCAUCGGCAGCCUGAUGUACCAGGGACACAACGUGAGGAUCAGUGGCGAGGACGUGGGUCGCGGAACCUUCUCCCACCGACACGCCAUGCUGGUGGACCAGCAGACCAACGAGAUGUUCAUCCCGCUGAACAGCAUGGAGGGCGGAAACGGCGGCAAACUGGAGCUGGCCCACAGCAUUUUGUCAGAGGAGGCGGUGCUGGGCUUCGAGUACGGAAUGGCCAUCGACAAUCCCAACAACCUGGUUAUCUGGGAGGCGCAGUUCGGAGACUUCGCCAACGGAGCCCAGAUCAUCAUCGACACCUUCAUCGUGUCGGGAGAGACCAAGUGGAUGGAGUCCAACGCCCUGGUGAUGCUGCUGCCCCACGGAUACGACGGCGCUGCAUCGGAGCACAGUUCCUGCCGCAUCGAGCGCUUCCUGCAGCUCUGCGACUCGAAGGAAACGUCCGCCGACGGCGACUCCGUCAACGUGCACAUCGUGAACCCCACCACCCCCGCCCAGUACUACCACGUCCUGCGUCGCCAGCUGGCCAGGAACUUCCGCAAGCCCCUGGUGGUCGUGGCCCCCAAGACCCUGCUCCGCCUCCCUGCGGCCACGUCCUCGCACGAGGACUUCCAGCCAGGCACGCUCUUCCACAAUGUCCUCGGUGACACCACCGCGAAGCCGGAGGAGGUGCGCAAGGUCAUCCUGUGCAGCGGGAAACACUACUACAAUCUGGCGGAGGAGCGAGAAAAACGGCAGGCCUACGACACGGCCAUCCUGCGCCUGGAGUCCCUGUGUCCUUUCCCCAGCCAGGAGCUCCGGGCCCAGUUGGCCCAGUAUGGCAACGUGCAGUCAUUCGUUUGGAGCCAGGAAGAGCAUCGCAAUAUGGGCGCCUGGACUUUUGUGCGGCCACGUUUUGAAAAUUUAAUUGGCCAACAGCUCCACUACUGCGGUCGCUGCGAGGCCCCAACACCCGCCACCGGAAUCGGAAAAGUGCAUAAGCGGGAAGUUGAUGAGAUUGUUGCUGCCCCAUUCGAACUUUAGGCGGCCGCCGCCUCCUCAGCCUGUCCAUAAAUCACAAAGUACUUUAGCUCAAUAAAACUGCCAAAAAAUAAGUGUGUAAAAGCAA